GAAGAAUGAGCAGAGAAAUGUGGAAGUAUACAUACAAUCUUAUGGACUCUCUCCAUCCCUUCACCUCCCCCCUUUCUCUCUCUCUCUCACACACACACACACACACAUACAUGCAAACACUCCCCUCCUCACUGGAGGCCUUGCUCCCAGCUCUGGACUAAAUGAUAUCAUCGGUUGCCAGGGAUACAAGGACACAGCGUGCAGAGAAAAGGGAGGGUGAGGCAGAGGCAGAGCCAUGCACACACAGACACACACGCACACACAGCCUGAAAGAGAAAGGAGGGAAGGAUGAUGGUGUAUUGGGUAUCGAAAAAGAAAAGUAGUGCAGAUAGCAAAGGUGAUGCGGCUGGGCCAUGAGGAGGAGAGGAAAAGAAAGCUAAUGUCAAAAGCUACUGGCCCAUCCUUCCUCUCCCUUCUGCCUUACAUCGCAUUACAUUGUCUUUCUUUGUCUAGAAAGGGUCAGAAUAGCAAAAGUACAGCUGCGUGUGACAGCACGCGUUGUACGGAGCGAGAGGCGAGCACAGAAAGGAGGAGAGUGGCAGUGGUACCUGAGGGAUGGAGGAAAGGAUACAGUCGUGAAUUUGAAACAAUGCGACCUUUCCGUCUUGUUCACGUGUGCAUCAAAUAACUGGUAUUUCCUCCCUCUGUCUCUCUCCACUGUGCGUGUGUCUGUCUGUGUGUGUUUGCCAGCGAGCGGAGGAUGAGAAUGUCUAUUUAAAGGGAUCGGAGAUUGCGCGGGUCUGCUGUCUUUUCUAUUCCUGACUGACAGCGUUGUUGAAUUUGGCCCAGAGAGUCUGACUCCCCCCCCACACACGCACACACACUCUCAGCACUCGUUGCAAGGCCCGUUUUUCCUCUCAGGUGUGAAGUGGAGGGCCUCCCAAACACAGACCAAGACUGGCUGCAUGUAUCACCCAGCAGAGCUGUACUCUGGCCGUAACACAUGGGACUCCUAUCCAGCUGGAGGUCCUAACAGAGGACAAUGGGCUCCAGUGAACACUCAACUCUGGAGCCACACAAACAGAUGCCAAGGAGGGCGCACUCAAUCACAUCAUCCACCAUCAACUCGUCUCUAUGACAGGGGGGAGAGAACAGUCAACCAUGUUCAGGACAAAGGUAUCUCAAAGGGGCACAGGCAGCAUCCACGUCUAUGGGACGGUAAAGAGCCGCCGUUUGAGGCCCAGAACUGGCAUCACAACUCCUCGCGCUCAUUCCACCACAACCGAGCUGCCAACAACAAUGGUUAUCCAACCGCAGCCGGAGAGCGCUACGCAACCUGGGACAAUAACGUCAGCAGCUCUGUGCAUGGGAGUCCUCGUCUUCAUCGCAACAACAGAGAGCUCCAGUCUCCCCCAGAGAGAUGGGCCCCCUCAGACUGUCGCAAGAGCUUCCCAGGCAGGAUGAUGAACAACAGACCGGGGCCCUGGAAACGACCGGCCCACCAUCAGCGGCGAGACCAAUUACACCAGCACAGUCCACCCCCGCCUCACCCUUUAUCUCCAAGGGAAGAGUGUCCUGCUAAGAGGAGGAGGGACUCUGGUCCUGAUCAGUCAUCUCAUCCUGGAUCAAGACAUUUACCUUUACUGGCCCCCUCACCGCCUCGCCACCACCACCGUCACCAAGAUGACUGGAAGCCUCCCAACGACAGGGCGGGUCCUUGCCACCACUCUGACCACAGGACCUCAGCAACACAGCAACAGGAAACCUCUAAACUUCGAGCUGGAGGACAUGGCUUCAGUAACAGUAACCCGGCAGCUCUAAACCAGAGUUGUGGCAGCAGACCGCCACAUCACGGAAGCAGAGGGAAGGUCGAGCGGAAAAUCCUGUCUUCACCAGCAGACCACACCCGUGUGCCUUACAGCCACCAAAACCAUCAUUACCACUACCAACGGCACACAGGCCAUCCCAGAGCUCCACAGCACAACCCGCCGCUUCACCCUCCAGAGGACUCCCGGAGCCAUCACCACAAACAAAGCACAGAACCUCAACGCACUCAUCAAAGAAGCAUUUUAAGGGAUCCAGCUCUCGCCCAUUCUUCUGGUGCAGACUCCCCUUAUUCGUCCCUCCUCUGCAGCCCUAAAGAUGGAGGGUCCACUGCCAGCAGUCCACGUGCUCUCUCCAGUCCCUCUUCAUACACGGGGCCCAUCGGCAGAAAAGAUCCUUCAAUCCUUCGUCAGUGUAGUCCCGGCCUCAGUGGAGAGCAGAGACUCCAUGGAAGCCCCCCUCACACAACCAGACCUGGCCUGACAUCCACCACAUCUCUCACAUCCCACAGCGGUCCAAAAUCCAGGUUUUCAGACGUCAAGUACAGAAAGAGUUCACAGCCGCUCUGCUCACGACAGCUCCCCCACAGCAGAUCGAGAGCAAACAAGCUUGACAAGGAGCUGGAGCAACACGCAAAACCUGAGUGCAAACAAAAAGAUAAGCUGGGGAAGAAAGAGAGAAAAGGGGAUAUUCUUAAGACGAGCAGAAAAGGCGAUGAAAGAAAACGGCGGAAGAAAAAAGAGGAGAAAAGGCUGGGCGAGCGGAAAAGGAAAAGAGAUAAAGCAGUUAAAAUGGAGGGAAAGUUAGGCUUGAAAAUCAUGGCGAGGGACAUGUCCACCUCCAUCUCUGCUUCGGCAGAGGGCAAAGUGAGUAGGAUGGAGACUCUGACCCCAGAGAGUCAAAGCCAGUCGACACUCAAACACAAGCACAGGGCGAGGAGUGAACGAGCGGAGGGGACACACAGGCCGUUUGCAAAUACUCCUCAUCCUAAAUGCACUUCACAACAGCUGCCCUCAAAAUCUGGAAACCACAAAAUGUCCAAAAAGAACAGCCGUCCCCAGAAACCCCCUGUCAAGAAUCUACCAAUGACAUCCCCCAGGAAAACCAGCGCCAAACAGACCAGCAGGAAGCCCUCCAUUGUCUCAUCGCACUCAGACGGCAGACCAAGAGGAAAGCCAGACGAUACACUCCAUUCACUUUUGUUUAAAGCCUUAGCACCUCUCAGUGCAGCAUGUUCCGUGAGCGCAGAGCAGGGAGGUGUUCUCAAUGCCCCAGACCUCCAGCCCGUGGCGGUGAUGGGACAUUUGAGGGAAAUAGGAGACAACCUUGCGAACACUCCUCCUGUUCUGAGCUGGCAGGGCUCUCCAGUGUCGAGUGUGGAAGAGGAUGAGGACGAGUUAGGAAAGGGAGUGAUAAGUCGACCUGUCCUCCAGCCCAGCCCUACUCAGUGCUUCUCUCCUCCCCCUGUGGACAACGACAGCUCUGACGAUAUGGAAAAGGAGCCUUGUGAAAGUUUACGAGCUGACAACAGCGACAGGUCUGAAUACUGUGAUCCGCCUCGUUCCACCGAACAAGUGGCCGAGGAACAAUCAAAAGAAGACGUGGACAGCAGUGGGGAAACAUCUGGCUCUCUUCUCCGUGAGCUUUGCCACCACAAAGCAGGGCUGGACGACGUCUUCAAGAGCCUGGCCACCUUCCUAGGGGGCCAGAGGGUCUCGUGUCGAGGCGGCCCAUUUGGUGGCCCUCCAGACAGCACUGCAAGAGGGGUGAAGUACUCCUCUUCUCUUGAGCUUGGGCCAGAUAUACACUGCCAGGAGCAUCACGAUUUCUCCCCCAAGUCCGAUCCCACAGCGUCCUCCAAACCUGCUCAUAUUAAAUCACCGACGCACGCUACCUCAGGCUCGCUUGGGAAAUCCCACAGUCCGACAGAACUGAGAACUGAACCUGUCGCCGACGCCCCAGUGCAGGAGCCUGAGACUGUUGUGAAAGUAAAACAAGAAGGUAAAAAUACCGAGAUCCUCCCUGAGAGAAUUGACUCAUCUCUUCUAGACGGGUCACUGAGUGCAGAGCUGAGAGUGACCACCACAGACACAGCCUCUCUCACCAGCCUCCUCACUGUUUCCACCAAGGAAGAGAGAGGACACAGCACGGAGCCCGGACACAGAUGUGCAGACAGAAAAAGAAAACAAAAAGAUAGGGACGGAGGAGUAGAAGAAGAGAUCAAGAUUAAGAUAAAGACAAAGGAAAGCAGUGUCAUCGGUCCCAAAAACAAAGUGAAUGAAGUUAAGGAUUCGGAAGAGAGGGGUGUUUCAUCCUCGGAGAGAGCCAUCUCCAGAGGUUCAUCCAGACCUCUCAAAGAUAGUAGGAAAGGCCAGGUUUUUCAGGAAAAUCAAUCCCCACGUGGCAAGGACAUCCGGAGAGAGAAAGAAGACACCGGGAACGCUGAAAUCAAGGUAGAAAGAGAGGAGAAGAAGGAAGUGGUCACUGAGUUAGAAAACCAGAAAUCAUCCGCAGCUAGAAACACACAAACAAAAGCUCCAAACCCAGCAUCAACUUUAACAAUCAAUCCAUCCAAACUGUGUGUCUCAACACCGGCGAGCAAACCUCCCCGCUCAUUAGCGCCAGUCGAUCCACUGAAACUGAAAGCGCUGUCCAUGGGCUUAUGUAAGGAGCUGAAGAUCCUGCUGAUCAAAGUGGAGAUCGCUGGGAGACAAACGUUCAACAUAUCAGAAGUGGAGGAGCAAAGAGUCCCACUUUCCAAGAUCAACAUCGACAACACGGCCACAGAAGUGAUCAGAUCCUGCAAGGGGACGAGGGUGAAGGGGAAGUUCAAGGAGUCGUACCUGCUUUCCUCAUUUUCCGUUAAACCCAACAUCGACGUCAAGACGCCCAUUCCUCGAGAAAAGCUCAACCCUCCGACACCAAGUAUCUACUUGGAGAGCAAGAGGGACGCCUUCUCUCCAGUUCUGCUUCAGUUCUGCACUGACCCCAAAAAUGCUGUCACUGUCAUCAGAGGCCUGGCUGGCUCCCUCCGCCUUAACCUUGGUCUGUUCUCCACCAAAUCCCUUGUGGAGGCCAAUUCAGAACAUGCAGUGGAAGUGAGGACUCAGGUGCAGCAGCCCGCUGAUGAGAACUGGGAUACCAGCGGCUCGGCGCAGACGUGGCCCUGCGAAAGCAGCCGCUCACACACCACCAUCGCCAAAUACGCCCAGUACCAGGCCUCCAGCUUCCAGGAGAGCUUGCAGGAGGAGAAGGAGAGUGAGAAUGAAGACGAAGGAGAGCAAACGCAGAGCUCGGACGAAGCAGCCACCGCAAAAGCUGUCCUGAUGUUAGCCAACAGUAAAGGAGGCCCCCCCUCAACUCCCACCAGCACACCCAGCUCAGACCAGAAAACUGCUGGAAAGAUCAUUAAAUUCGGGACCAAUAUUGAUCUCUCAGACCCUAAAAGGUGGAAGCCCCAGCUGCAGGAGCUGCUGAAGCUGCCGUCCUUCAUGAGAGUGGAGUCCAGCAACAACAUGCUCAGUCAUGUCGGUCACACCAUCCUGGGCAUGAACACUGUCCAGCUCUACAUGAAGGUGCCGGGCAGCCGCACCCCGGGUCACCAAGAGAACAACAAUUUCUGCUCCGUCAACAUCAACAUCGGACCCGGUGACUGUGAGUGGUUUGCCGUCCACGAGCAUUACUGGGAAGACAUCAACAGAUUCUGUGAGAAGCACGGGGUAGAUUACCUCACAGGGUCCUGGUGGCCAGUGCUGGAGGACCUCUACAGCUCCAACAUCCCGGUGUACCGCUUCAUCCAGAGGCCGGGCGACCUGGUGUGGAUCAAUGCAGGGACUGUGCACUGGGUCCAGGCCGUGGGCUGGUGCAACAACAUCGCCUGGAAUGUGGGACCACUCAACUCGUACCAGUAUCAACUCGCCCUGGAGCGCUUUGAGUGGAACAAGGUGAAGAAGGUUAAGUCAAUCGUUCCCAUGAUCCACGUUUCCUGGAAUGUGGCUCGAACCGUCAAGAUCACCGAUCAGGAUACGUUCAAGAUGCUCAAACACUGCCUGAUGCAGUCCAUCAAGCACAUCCAGAUUCUGAGAGACCAGCUGGUGGCUGGAGGGAAGAAGAUCUCUUACCAGAGCCGCGUGAAGGAUGAGCCGCCAUACUACUGCAACGAGUGUGAUGUGGAGGUGUUUGACCUGCUCUUCGUGACGAGUGACAGCAGCAGUAAGAAGACCUACGUGGUGCACUGUGAGGACUGCGCCCGAGCUAAGACCCCGUCUCUGGCAGGAGUCGUGGUGCUGGAGCAGUAUCGAAUGGAGGAGCUGAUGAAAACCUACGACAGCUUCACUCUGGCUCCAUCGCCCCUUUCAAAGUGACGACUCCUCCCACGGCGUCUUUCAGCCAUAACCAAAACUCUAAUGGCAGCACAAAUGUUGUCUUCAAAGGCAAUCUAUUCCUGCAAACACUGAAUCAGCCAAUCACGUUUACUCAGUAUUGUUUACAUCACACAAUAAGGUAUGGAUACUCAGCCAAUCCAACUCUCGCUCACUGUCUUCCCCAUACCAGCUGCUGAUUGGACGUGCGUUUUUUUUUUUAAAUAGAAUGACUAGACUGGUACUUCUCAUGAAAAUCUUUUCCGACGUGGACAACAAAAAGAAAAAAAAAAAAUGUGAGCACUGCUAACACUGAAAAUCAGGUGAUAUAUUUAACGGACACUGCUGUGAUUCAAAAGCGUCAAGUAGCCAGUUCUGUGUAUUAAUUCAGGUACUUUUAUGCAAAUCCAGUAGAACUUUUUUACACCAAUCUAGUUAUUCUACAUGUCCAUGAAUUUGCUGUGAUUCUAUUGUACCAGCAGGGGGAAUCGCUUCACAGGAGAAGUAGCUGAUUGUCACAUUUGGCAUCGUAUUGGUUCCUGUUUUUUGUUCUUUAUUCAGGUAAACUCUCCACAUUUGUAACUCCUGUCUGUAAACUCUUCGAGGUGCUAUUCUUCGAGGUGCUUGUUGGAUACUUUAAAAUUAAAAGUUUUACCAGCCUAGAAGUACACCACAUUGGCCUUGUGAACUGUAUUUAGAAGAGAGGUAAUUAGACGAUUUAAACGUGCGCUAAUACGGUUUUAUGUGAGUAUAAAAAAUACAAAAAUCCAAUCAAAAACUUUUAUCAGUUUCUCAAAAAUACGGGUUUACCAGUGGACUAAUAUGGUUUCAUUCUUAGUUGGAAAAUUUGGAUUUUUUUAUUCUUUCUUUGUUUUUCACAAAUCAAGCUAAUUCUUUGUUGGUAUUGUUACUAUGAUACACCCAGAAAGCCGUACACAUUUUUUGAAAUGAGGAAACAAUCUGUUUUAUACCUCUUUUGUUGCUAUGUUCUUGUUUGUAGAUGACAGAGAAAAUAAAUAAUUGUAAAUUGUGAAUGAAUUUAUGCGAUACGUGGUGUGCAUAGACGAGGUGCAGGGGGUCGGUUGUGCAGCGUUUCUGUGCUGCCCCAAAACGUCGGUCCGUGAUGCUCGGCUCCGUGCACUGCCACUGGGUUUAAAAUGCUGGAUUUACACUUGAACAGGCUGACGAGCGUGCUUUCAAUGUUACGAAGAAUAUAUCAAAUCAUCUUUUUUCUUUAGAUAAAUGACAUAAACAAUCAAUAUUGAUAAGGAUAUCUACCAAUGCCAUUACUCUCCUGCAAUUAUCACUCACGGAUACCUGCAAUAAGCUCAUAUCAGCUGAGUUAUUGUUCCAGCUCUUCUUCAAAACACUGUUCCGGCUUCUUCCCACAUGUCAUACGAUCAUCACGUACCACACUGGAGUGUAUUCACAGCUUAGGUUGUGCAGCCGUUUUAAAUAAUCCCCCGCUAACGCCAACCUCGCUGAGGAUCCUGCCCCCUUCCCCAGUCAGUCCGUGCACACCAUUUCAUGUACAUACUGUAUCUGUUUUCAGGUUUACUAGAAGACUUCUGUAGUUUUGUUCUCAAUCAAAAAUCUACUUUGUAUGUGGUCAGAUUUGUCCACCUCAGUCACUCGUUUUUGUUGUUGCGAUAUUAUGAUACACCCUGUUUGACUCCAGUUGAAAUUACUGCAAUGGGAGUUUCUUCCCACUUUUAUACCUCUUUUUGUUGUGGGCUUCUGAUUUUUUGGAUUACAGAGAAAUGGGAAAUUGUAAAUUGUGACAUUAUUUAUACUGUACAUGGUUGUUUUCUUAUAUAUUUAUUGCAUUUCAGUGGGUACUUCACUCGGUGAGGGGCUACAAGGUAUUCGAAAAGUGUAGUAUGAUCGCAGAGUGUGGAUAGGGGAAGUGCAAUCAGGGGGGGUGGUUUGAUUUUCAUGGUGCUAGACCCCCUCCUUGCCUCAAUGCCCCCUCAUUAAACAGCAUAUAAUGAUGUAUGAACAUAGGUUACUGAUACAGCUCAAACCAAUCAGUUGGUGCUUAGAACCAUUUCCACAGUUUACUGGAAACAGAAAUGGAAUGAUGUCUUCGUACUGUAUCACACAGAUAAAUAAAAGAUCUUUUUUAACUUUAUUUCCAUUGUAUGAAAUUCAUAACCUUGUGAAGCAUUAGUGGUUUUAUGAUGAGCAUUAGUCGUAGUUGUACUUCUUGACUCUUUUGCAGAGACUUUUAGGGAUGUGACAUUUUAAUGGCGUCGGGGGUUUUUGUUUUUCCUGUGUCUUGUCCUCAUUAUUAAUAUUAUUUGAAGGAUGUGAUGAUGCUCUCUUUUUUUCCCUGUUGACUUUGUUUGAUUUUAUGCUGCACUUAUUGUUUUCAAAAAGAACUCACAUAGAAGAAAAUCCUGAGCCAGACCUGUCUUAAAUUGUAUUGUUGUUCAAGAAAAUAAAAUGUUUUGAUAAAUUA